CAGUCCCUUUUCAGUGACCCACUUAGCCCCAGACAGCCGGGCGCCAUGCACAGCUGUGUCUUACCCUGCCCCGAGUGCAAGCGGUCCCUUCCCCCCACCCAGGUGACACUGCAGCACAGAGGGGAAACUGAGGCACACGCAGGCUUCGUACGAUGAUGAUGUAAAAUUCCCACUGUCCCCCCGGCGGUGCCGGCUCUGACAUGGGCUGUCCCUGCAGAACGACUCCCUGAUGCGGCAGAUGCGGGAGCUGGAGGAGCGCUUUGCCGGGGAGGCGAGCGGCUACCAGGACACCAUCGCGCGGCUGGAGGAGGAGAUCCGGCACCUGAAGGAUGAGAUGGCGCGGCACCUGCGCGAGUACCAGGACCUGCUCAACGUCAAGAUGGCGCUGGACGUGGAGAUCGCCACCUACCGCAAGCUGCUGGAGGGCGAGGAGAGCCGGAUCAGUCUCCCCAUUCAGACCUUCUCGGCGCUCAACUUCCGGGGUGAGUGCAGGGCAGGACCCAGGCAGGGCAGCAUGGGGGGCGCCCUGAGCCCCCUGCGGUGGGGCAUGCCUGGCAUAAGCCAUGGGGCGAGUGGGGCGGGCUGCAGGAGGCAGCUGGGCUGCCCCAGCCGGGAGGGCCCCAUGGCUGCUGUCUAUGCUCCCGGCCAGCCCUGGCCUGGCCCAGCCCGCCGGCUUGCUGCUUUACCCAGGCCAGCCAGUGCUGGAGUCCCCGCCUGCCCCCAGCCCAUCGCCUUGUGCCCCGCCCUCUUACCCGCCGUGGCCAGCCCAUCGCCCCAUCCCCCCCAUG